CGCCGAACCUCAACUGCCAGUGAAAGAAAGCAACGACUCUGCGGACACGAACCGCGUUUCGUCUCGGAUUCGACACUUUUUACACCGUGCAUCGCUCCGCCGCGAGAUGCUACGUAUCAGCAAUGCUAAACCGAGUGCCCUGACGAACCCGGCGACCAAUUCCUUCCUUCUUGAGGGACUAUAACACCAAACCCCGAUCCCCUGUUUCCGCUCCCCGACAUUCAAACCCGCCCCCAAACCGGAGGAAUCACCCAACUUCACAACCAUGCCGCUCGACGGCCCCAGCAAUACUUUCAACAGCACCACCACCACCCAUACCCACACAACCCCCGCCAGUCACCACAACACGAGCAACAUCCGCGUCUUCGUCCACUGGCACGAGCAAGUCGUCUUCGCCGGCGAAGAGCUCAAGUGCACCAUCACCUUCAAGAAUGUCGCCCGCCUACCCACCCCAACAACCUCCACCACCACUACCACCACCACAACCUCAACAUCAACAACAACCCUAAAACCCUCCUCCGCCGCAGCCACCCACCACUUCCCGCCCAAUUCCUCCCGCGGCCCGCGCCAGCCCUCGCCCCUGCACCCCGGCGCCCGCGCCAAACAACACACUUCCUCCUCGGGCGGUGGCGGCAGCAGCAGCAGCAGCAGCUUGGCGCCGCCCCCGCCGAGUGCGCGCGGCCAUCGCUCCAGUCUGUCGCUUUCGGUGCCGUCGGCGGCGUCGAGGGCGAGGGCAGGGUCUGUGACGUGGUCGCCGGCGCCGGGUGCUGGGGCUGGGGUUGGGGUUGGGGGUGGUGGUGGUGGUGGUUCGCGGGCGCAGAGGAAUGGGGGUGGGAGUGGGAGUGUUGGGGAUGGUGCUGGUGUAGGUGAUGGUGGGAGGGGGAGUGGGCAUGGGCAUAGGCACAAGAGAUCGGUUUCGAUUGUCUCGAUUGGCUCGCUGAGCACGGUCGAUGAUGGGCAGACUGGUGCGUCGUCGUCGCCUAAGCCGCCGCGGUCGAGGGGGCAUGCGAGGGCGUCGAGUUUGCAGAUAUUGCCCCGUGGUGGGUUUUUGAAUGGGCCGCGUUCGGCUACUCAUCCGAAGGUGUCCAGUUCCCAGUCCUCGCCCCUUUUCCACGCAUCGUACCCGCCCGAACGCAGCAUUAAUGGCCGCCGACCGGGCACCGCGACAGCACCCGAUACCCCGAGACCCGAGUUCCUCCGCCGAUCGCCCGUAUCACCAAACCCACUCACCGAGUUCAAGUUCCCCAUGUCGCCCUCGCCAACGACGCCAGGGACCGUAGGGGGGCUUGCGGACGAAGACCCAACGAGCCCGACAUCGAGUGGGCUACCCAUAAGGACGAGAGAGCUGGUUCCGACGAUAAACGAACAAGGGGUGGCGCCGACGGCGAGGGUGCUGUCAACGAUGAGCAUAGCCGGGACGCCGAGGAGUAGCGGCGAGUUUUACUCGCUCAGCAACAACUCAUCCGAAACAUUGGCCUCGGAAUAUGUAACGCAGCCGCCCCCGCGGUCGCAAGUCCGUCCGCCGCAUAACAGGAGAACCUCGGGCCUAGCAGCGAGCGCGGCGAGACUGCCCGAAACGCUAAUGAUGGGCUAUGCUCAGAUCCAAGGAUCUUUUACCCUCGACGGGUCACUGAUUAAUAUCGGGCCGUUCGAGGCGGUGAAACGGAAAGCCGUCGUUGGUGGCCAGGGCGGCGGUGUCGUGGGGUUGGAGACGCCAAAGCGCGACAGUGGGUUGCUGCGCGGGUUUGGAUGGGGCAAUAUCACGAGCUCCAUUGGCGAGCUAUUGGGCGGUGGUGAGCUUAGCAGCAUCAAGGAAAUGCGCGGGAUUGCCAACUCGAAAGCGGUGCCCCUACUCUCUACGCCGCAGUCCAUCUUAUUCGUCGAUCUACAGCUAGCCCCUGGCGAGAGCAAGGCGUACGAGUACACCUUCAAGCUGCCUAAGGGGCUACCGCCGACACAUCGCGGGAAGGCAAUGAAGAUAUCAUACAGCCUUGUCAUAGGCACCCAACGGCCCGGCGGCUCCAAGGAGCAGCGGGUCAAGUCCGUGGACGUCCCUUUCCGGGUACUAGGGAGCGUCAACAGCCACGGCGAGAUACUGGGCCACGACCUAAUGUCUCCAUACAUCCUCAUGCGGGACCAGGCCCGUGUCCAAUCCGUCACCGCCACACAACAAAAAACAAACGGCAAAUCAACACCCACACCAUCAUCGUCAGCCUCCACAAUGGCCUCUUUCCUCACCUACGUAGACGACCUCCUCUCUCGCCCGCAACACAAUCCCAACCAAGCCAGCGGUCUCCUAAGCCCGAGCGCCCCCCUAACCCCCCACUCCCCGACCUCCUCCCGCCGGCCCUCGAUCAUGUCAGUCUCAGACCACCACCCCUUCGUCCCACCACCCACCGCCAAAGAAGCAAUCGACCUCGCGAUCCUCCGCUCCAACUUCGCCGGCGGCGGCAGCGGCGGCGGGCCCAACCACAACCAAUCCCCGAACCGCUUCGAGAUCGCGCGCAACGGCCGCCGCGUGGGCGUCGUCAUGCUCACGCGGCCGGCCUACCGGCUCGGCGAGACGGUCACGUGCGUCGUCGACUUCCAGGGCGCCGAGGUGCAGUGCUACGCCGUCCACGCCGCGCUCGAGACCGCCGAGAAGGUCGACCCCAGCCUGGCCCUGCGCUCCGAGGCCAGCGUCAACCGCGUCACCCGCAAGGUCUGGGGCAGUGCGAGCGAGGCGGCGCUCUACGCCCGCCGCUGGGUGUUUGCCGCUGCUAUCCCCGUCGCGGCUACGCCGGAGUUUGUUACGAGUGGUGUUGGCCUGGAGUGGAAGGUUAGGUUGGAGUUUGUCGUGCCGGUGCAGGCGGCGGCGCCGGCGCCGUCGCCGCUGUCGUCGCAGGUGCUUUAUGAGGAAGGUGGGGAAGGUGGUGAGGAUGGUGGGGAUGGGGAGGGGGACCGUGCUGCUGCUGAGGGAGAGGGCAUGUUGGAGGGGGAGAGGCGGCGGGAGAGGGAGGCCAAGGCGCAGCAGCAGCAGCAGACGCAUCCGCUGCUGGAGGAGAUCUCGAGGGAUGAUCGGGGUGGGCUGGUGCUGGUGGGCGUGGAGAAUCUGAUGUGUGAGAGCUUUGAGGUGGCGGUGCCGCUGAAGGUGUAUGGCGCGGCGUGUAAUGGGUUGGAGAGGCUGGAGAGGGACGAGGCGAUGGAUGAGGGGUUGCCUGUGUGAGUAGUGGAUGGUGGUAGAGUAGAUGCCGGGCUUGAAUGGAGUGUAUCGAUGUGUGUUGUCUAGUCUGGUGGCUCGGAGGUGCCGACAAAGUUUUCGGAAAUCAACUGUCUAUUGAGAGUAGGUACCUAAAGCUAACUAGUCUACGCCGGUUCGAGGCGGACAUAUUAACUACCAAGGACUUCGCAGACUUAACAGCCGGUUAUAGACGCGGUAUUAUUAUAACAUUCUACCUAGAGGUAGUAAAAAUGGCGACAGACUCCAUGUCUAUUAACCAAGACAGCGAAAACAAAGGGGAUACCAAGGCCCUUAUCCUAGAGAUAUUUCAUUAGUUACAGCUGUGUGGUAGCUGGUCCACAAGCCAUGACAAGGACUCCUGUUUACAACCAGAAGGGGAUCCAAGGAUAUACAGGGGCGAGAAGGGCGGGUCUUGCGCCGAGAG